AUGAACUACGGCAAGGAGUUUCAGAUGGAGGACAUAGCGAAAAAGCUGAGCCUGUGGCAUACGAAGACCUUCAGGCCCGAUGUCGGCAGAGCCGGCGCGGGCUCUGACGGCGGCCGGCGGCCGGCGGCGGAAGGCGGCAGCGGGGUCCUUGCCGAGGCCGACUGGUUGCCCGUUUCGCGAGGAUGCGAAUGGCUCCACAUCCUCGCUUACGAGGCCUUCUUCCACGCCCUUGAGUUCUAUCUUGGGUCCCACCACGUCCCUGACCUCUUCCACGUCAGGUCCAUGACUAUCCGAGCUCAGGACAUGAUCUUUCACUCAUCCUACCGUCCAAUGAGGGAUUGUGGCUUUGAUGAUGAGGGGAUUUUUGUUUACCGAGAUGGCACACUGGACAAUGUUACUAAGAUGGUCUGCAACUAUGACAGCAAUGAUAGUAGCAGCAGCAGCAGUUUUAUGAACAACAGCAGUAGCAGCAAAGAGAGCAGAAAGAGCAGCAACAAUCCCAUAUGUUUGGUUCCUUUGGAUGAUUUGUUUCCAAGGAUGGAUAUUGUCAGCUUAGGUUGAUGAUAUCCUAAGAGUAGAUAAACAUAGGAUCAGAUAGAAUGACAUGGUUUUAUCUUAAGGAAGAUGAAAACCACCUUGAGAGUAUUUUUAGGGAGGAUCUCUUUCAUUGUUCCGAAUUUUUUCGUUACUUUCCAAGGAGUUUUGAGUGGCUUGAAGGCCUUUUUUAGAUGGACUCCUCGGACUUGUGCAGAUAUAAUUGAGGAAGAAUAUUGUGAUUUUUUUUCUCUCUCUCGAUAAAGUGCAUCCUUUCUUGACGCAAAAUGUUUUGUAUUAAGUUGAGUUUUGUUUUUCUGUUUGCAUUAUCUAUAAGCUAAGCUUUUGAGGCUUGGUCUUGUGCUUUGAGCGAGAUU